GUGAGGGAGCGUCAGUCAAAGGUGGAGCAACAAGCUAACUCAUGCUAACGGUACGUACGUGCGUGUGCUUGAUUGCCUGGAGCUCUCCGCCAUACGCCCGCCUAAACCUACGCCGCCUUUCGCGUGUGUUGGAACAAGUCCAUAUUCCCGGCAUCCAACCAUCAGCAAACCACCUACCCCACGAACAGCAUACUCCUCCACUGUAGUCGAGAAACAGGCAUUCUCUCUUUUUUACACCGAGUUCAUCCACAAUGUCUCGCAGAUACGAUUCCAGAACAACAAUCUUCUCCCCAGAAGGCCGCCUCUACCAAGUCGAGUAUGCCCUCGAAGCCAUCUCCCACGCCGGCACCGCCAUCGGCAUCCUGGCCAAGGACGGCAUAGUCUUGGCCGCCGAGCGAAAAGUGACCUCGAAGCUCUUGGAGCAAGACACGUCUGCGGAGAAGCUGUACAUUCUCAACGACAACAUGAUCUGCGCCGUAGCCGGCAUGACCGCCGACGCCAACAUCCUCAUCAACUUCGCCCGCCAAAACGCCCAGCGCUACCUGCUUACCUACAAUGAGGACAUACCUUGCGAGCAGCUCGUCCGCCGCUUGUGCGAUCUCAAGCAGGGCUACACCCAGCACGGAGGUCUGAGGCCCUUUGGAGUGUCCUUCAUCUACGCUGGCUGGGACCCCCAGCGCCAGUUCCAGCUCUACCUCAGCAACCCCUCGGGUAACUAUGGCGGUUGGAAGGCCACCAGUGUCGGCGCCAACAACGCGAGCGCCCAGAGCUUGCUCAAGCAGGACUACAAGGAGGACUGCAGUCUGAAGGAGGCAUGUGGGAUGGCCGUCAAGGUCUUGAGCAAGACGAUGGACUCCACCAAGUUGAGCAGUGAGAAGAUCGAGUUCGCCACUGUUGGCCAAACCAAAGACGGCAAGGUCUACCACAGGCUAUGGAGCGCAGACGAGAUCACGGCGUUAUUGAAGGAGCAUGACCUGGCCAAGGAUGACAGCACUGAUGACAAAUGAGCCUGAAAAUUACGGUUUGUCGAGCGGAUGAUGACAUUAUGGAAGUAUUGGGAUUUCAAAUCUUUAGACAGACAGCACAUCACCAAUGGGGUGGAUGGGCCAACAAAACAAUGCGAAACCCGGGACUGCAAGAUGUCUUGCAAGUAAACGCAAAAUAGGCCUGUACUGUACCAUUUGUACUAAUAUAACCAAGGCAUGGACGACAAGAGCAUUUUUGAGGCAGACUGAUGCUCGUUACAUGACAUUCCAUCAUCUCUCCAUGAUCCUCAUCUCGUACCCACCACUGUAGCCCGCAGAACUACCACCGCCUCCCCUGACAGCACUCUCCUCGUCCCUCCGCAUCCUAGCAUACCCCUUCCCCCGAUCCUCCACCGCCCCUGGGCUCGGCCACGGCUCCGAACACCGGUAGCUUCCCAACCUCGGCCAGUACCGCCUGUAGCUCCAGUACGUAACCACGAACCCCAGCAGCGCGCCCGUGCAAACGUCGUAGACAUCAUGCCUGUAGUCCUGACACCUGCUGAUGGCGAUCAUGGUGGCUCCGAGCAGGGGGAUCAUGCAGAACAGCGCCGCGCCCAACCCCCUCCCGUGCGCCGCCGACACCACCCUCUCCAUCUUGCCAGCACCACUGCCGUCCUCCUCCCCAUCCCUCUCCCCGUCGUACGCAAAGAUCCUAAGCUGCCCGGCCAGGAAGAGCGCCGUGUAGCCCAGCCCGGCAAACGAAAAACUCGAAUGCCCACUGGGGAAGCUCCUCCACCCGUCGUGCAGCAGGUGCUGCUGCGUCUCGGUGCAGACGGUCCAGUCGACGAGGCGGUUCUCUGCGGUUCCGGAUUUGGGCUUGCAGCGGGCGAGGAGAUCUGGCCGCGGCCGGCCCACGGCGUUCUUGACCACGUCGGUCAGGAACGUCGUCAGGAUGAUGCCGAUGGCCAGGCCGAGGAUGGCGACGUGGUGCUUGUGGGCCGAGGCGCGCGUCGCGAGGUUGGUGGCCACCACAACGGCCAGCGGCACCGCGGCCGCAUAUACGACGUUCAUGGCCACGGGUACGCGCUCGUGCUCGGCGUGCGGGAACGAGAUGGCCAGGUCGCUGAUGGAGAACAUGCGGUGGAAGGGUUGGACGAAAACAUACCACCAUGUAGGCGGCCAACAGUGCUGCGAAUCCGACAUAGUCGGCAGCGUAUGACCUCCGCCAGAACCGAGCCACAGAGACAAGAAUCCCAUCGCCGCGGUCUCCCCCGCUCCUGUCGUUGGACGGGGCCAUGGCUUCUAGUCACCGUCUGCGGAUUGCUUUCACGAGGGCCCAGAGCAUUUGGGAUUUGUCAGGUCGUCAGGUCGUCGGGAAGAGGGAAGCAGAAAAAAAAAAAGAAUACCGCUGUAUAUAUACAAGUACGUUUAUCAGGAUGCAAUUAGGUUUUGCAAACAAAGAUUAAUCUAG